CAGCAUCCUGAGUCUCACAAGCCAGGCUCCGGCCAACGAUAUCGUCGCGCUGGUCCAAGAGCUGCACCGCUGCACGCAAGACACUCUCGAUAGUCAUUUGCCGCGGCUGCGCUCAUCGUUUUCACAAAUUACAACGCAUACGACGCGUACGACAGCAGAGACACGACCAUCUUAAAAACAAAAAUGUCCCGCAAAGCCAACAUCUCCGCCACAGAAAAGGCCUCGUUCGGCCGCCCGCGCCUUUACGCCGUCCGCGCGCACUACGGCCAGCUCGACAAGCAGCCGGAUCAAUUCUCCGGGGCUGUUGUCGUGCUGGACGACGAGGGCGGGGGCGUCGUGCGCCACGCGGCCGCCGCGCGAGCCUUGUGCUUCGACGAGGAUACCACGGUCGUCGUGCUCGACGUGGCAGCGCUCCGCCGCGACGUCGACGCUGCAGCUGAAACGCGCGACACGAAGAAAACGAGGGGCCGCGGGAAGCGCGGCUGGCAGCAGGCUCUGGAAGCCGAAUGCAAAACGAGGGACGUGCUCGGCAAGGACUGCGGCCGGCCCAUCGCCAAGGCGCUGGCGAGAUUAUUGAUGCGCGCGACCACGGGGGCGACAUUGGUUGCCAGAGGCGCGCUGGCCGGAGUCGCGCUGAAGCUUGCGUUGUCGCGCGACCCGCACGCCGCCACGUGCAACGUGAGCCGCGUCGUCCUGGUGGAGCCGACCUUAUCGGCCGUGGCCGUAAACGGCUUGCUAGCAUGCAAGACGCCGCCGGCGCGACGCAUCACGGUGGACGCGGCGUUCGCCGACGCCGACGCACAGAUGCGGCGCGGGCCCGCGAUAGCCGCGGCCUGCGGCGAGGGCAUCAGUGUCAUCGCCCCGGACGACGGCGGCGACGCGGUCCUGCGCGCGUUUCUUCCCAAAACGGAGGAUGACGAUGAAGAGGCCGCGGUCGAGGCGGCGUUCGGCGCCGAUGACUCGCGCGGCCGGCGCCUGCGCUGCGCCGAGAUCACCGUCGAUAUGUCGCCACUGACGAAACAGCCGGAGCAACGCUUCGUCGAAGUGACAACUGCGGAGCUCCUCCGCGGCGACGACGAAGCGGACGAGCCGGCGGCCGCUUGCGACGCGGAUGAUCGAGGCGAAGCGCGUGUUGCCGCUCUAGUAGUGCGAGGAGGCAGAUGCAUCCUAGCGCGGUCGCUGCGAACCCCUAAGGCCUGGGAGGGCAUGCGGCUGCCCUCGGCCCCGGCGGUCGCGGGCGAAGACGCCGUCGCGGGGGCGAGACGCGCCAUAGCGGCACAGCUCGACAUCGACAUUGCAGAUCAGGCGGAGCAGAUGGCCCCUAUCCCCAACUUACCGCCUCUGAUGCUCUAUCGCGCGUCUGGUGGUAUCUCGACCGUCGUGUUCAUGAAGGCGCUGCAGCCCCCCGUCGAGCCCCAGGAGGACUACGACCUGAGCGAUGAAGACGACGAUUAUGACUGGUACACCCUCUCACGAGCCCUGCCUCGCGUCGACCCUCCGACGGCCUGCUUGCUGCGGACGGCGGCCUUCGCGCUGCACGGUGCCGUGGAGGCGGGCGUCGUGGCGAAGGCGUGGGGCGGCGUCUUCGGCGGCGAGCUGGUCGCGGCCGUCGCUGGAGACGCUCCGGCCACGCCCGCGCCGUCGUCGCCCGUCACGCCGCCGCGCGUCGUGGGCCCCUGCCACGACGAGGCCAAUCAUGAGGACGCGUGCUCCUGCGCGUCCGACCCCUUCAGUUGUUAA